CAUUCAUAAAGGGGGCUUCACUAUAACUCCGCAGCCGCAGUUGGGAACGCGCCUUCCAGCCCGCAGCCCUGGGAAGCGGCGCCGAACGGACUCGUGGACCCUCCAGUCGGCAGACCCCAGGCCCACCCCGUCCCAAACAGCCAGCUGGAUCGGAUGUGCAGCGACCCCUUCUGGAAGACCAUAUGGGGUCCCAGGGAGACACCAUGAAAGGCGGUGCACCCUCCAGCAUCACCAAAGAACCGCCCGGGUGGUUCAUGUCCGGCAAUGCCAGUGACGACUCCGUGGAUCUCUCAGAGGCUACUUCUCUUCCCUUGAAUCCUUGGGAUGUGGUGCUUUGUGUCUCUGGGACCAUCAUUUCCUGCGAGAACGCUGUCGUGGUGGCCAUCAUCAUUUACACCCCUGCCUUCCGGACGCCGAUGUUCCUGCUGAUCGGGAGCCUGGCCACAGCUGACCUCUUGGCUGGCCUGGGCCUCAUCUUCCAUUUCACCUUCAUUUACUGCAUCCAGUCCCAGGUGGUGAAUCUCAUCACGGUGGGUCUCCUGGUGAGCUCAUUCACAGCCAGCGUGGGUAGCCUGUUGGCUAUCACUAUCGACCGGUACUUGUCCCUUUACAACGCCCUGACUUACUAUUCUGAAAGGACGGUCACCAGGACGUAUGUUAUGCUCAUCCUCACCUGGGGCGUCUCCAUCGCCUUUGGGCUGUUGCCCGUCAUGGGCUGGAACUGCCUGAGGGACAUCGCCAACUGCAGUGUCGUGAUGCCCUUGACCAAGAACAAUCUCAUCAUCCUCUCCAUCUCCUUCUUCAUGGUCUUUGCCGUCAUGUUGCAACUCUACGUGCAGAUCUGCAAGAUAAUCUGCAGGCAUGCGCAGCAGAUUGCCCUCCAGAGACACUUCCUGUCCACCUCACACUACGUCACCACCAAGAAAGGCAUCUCCACCUUGGCUGUGAUCCUUGGGACCUUUGCCUCCUGCUGGUUGCCCUUUGCCAUUUACUGCCUGCUGGGAGAUUACACCUACCCGGCGUUCUAUACCUACAUGACAGUUCUCCCUGCCACCUACAACUCUAUGAUCAACCCUGUGAUCUAUGCUUUCAGGAAUCAGGAGAUCCAGAAAGUGUUAUGGACCAUUUGCUGUGGGUGUGUCUCGUCCCCCAUGCCUUUCUGGGCCAGAUCUCCCAGUGAUGUCUGAAUUGCUCUUGUUCCUCUAACUCUUCUUUGCAAACGGCCUCUCUUCUAGUCUCCCUCUCUGUUUUUUGCACAAUCUGGUAGCGUUUGGGAAACAUCAAAUGCCCUAGAUACCUGAAAGGAAGACUACAGUUAUCCCCCACUUGUGCCAUCAAGAAGAAUGUCUUAAAUUUGAAUACAAGUUAUGGUUAUGUAUAGUAAUUUAAAUUUUUUGUGUAUAAUAUUUUUGUUGGGGGGAGGGGGUUUGUACCUGCAGAAACAUUUUCCUUUCAAGUAAAUAAGGUGCACACUGUCCCUUUCUAAAUGUCUUCUCUUCUGAUAAGAGUGUAUGAAGUUGCUGCUGUCUUAUUUUUUCACCAAUGGGGGAAAAAAUCAUGUUUUAUUUUUUUAUCCAUACAUUUUUUUAAAAAACCAGUGUGCUUUGCCUGUGUGUGUCUGUGGGUGUCAGUAUCUAACAUGUCAGAGAUCUGAUAUAAUAUUUUAUUUGAAAUAUAAAGUAUUAUUUUCUUACCAAGGAAAUGGAAAGAAACCUCAGUACCUUUGACCUUGCUUUUGAGUUUCUGCAGCCUUAAUUACCUCAGAUCCUCAGAAAAAAAUAGUUUUCUACAUUUAAAGAAAUUGAACCCAUACUAUAUGUGUGUGUGUGCGCGCGCGCGCUGUCAAGUCACAGCUGACUUAUGGCAAUUGUAUAGGGUUUCAAAGGCAAGAGGUGGUUGGCCAUUGCCUGCCUCAAUGUGGGCUGAGAAUGUUUUGAGAGAACAGUGACCCGCCCAAGGUCACUCAGCAGGCUUCAUGUGGAGGAGCGAGGAAUCAAACCUCCAGAUUAGAGUCUGUCACUCUAAACAACUGCUCUGUGCUGGCCCCUGUCUCCAUUAUAGACCCAAAUAAUUUCCAUCUUUUAUUUCUCCACUUUUGGAAGAAGGGAGAUGGUAUAGAUCAGGGGUGUCCAACUCUGGUGCCCCAGAUGUUCAUGGACUAUGAUUCCCAUCAUAGCAUGGCCACCAAUUGGCCAUACUAGCAGGGGAUGAUGGGAAUCGUAGUCCAUUAACAUCUGGGGCAUCCAAGUUGGACAUGCCUGGUAUAGAUACGUGCCAGCUAAGAAGAAUGUAUACACUUAUUUAUGCAUCUUAUUUAUCAAGGUUAUGGGGUGGGAGGGAUGAGAUUCCCCUCACGUCCUGUUUUGUAUUUUGCUGCCCUCUGGUGUUCAGUCUAUUUAAUGUAGACCAAAUACCAAAAAACUGAGGAAGGAAAUUUUUUUUUGUUUUUUGUAUGUUGAUGAAGCCAAGGCAGUAUUAAUAAACGGAAUGUAUUGCAUAUAAGCAACUUGAAUGGAAACGGGAUUAGGGAAAUGCUGAAGGAUCUCAGUGAUCACACUUCACAGUAAGUGAUUUCAAGAUCAUAGCUUCAGCCAUUGCACUAGGAACAAAUUAAUUAAAUUAGAUUUCUCAUCAUAGAGAUACAAACGAUAGAUCAUGAAUUGCACUCCUUUCCUUUGUUCAGAUUUGCACAGUUCUGAUCAGGAAACUAAUGUAAAAGCACUUUGGAGGUCUGGAAUUUUUAUUACUGUGUUGCAGAGAGAUUAUAAAAUGUUCUGUAGUUGUUGUUAUGUACGGUAUACUUUUGUUUACAGCCAUCAGAAAAAAAUAAAAGAGAAUUUGUGAUACAUGCA